GCAAAGUAGAGAACACAGAUGGAAUAGAAGAUGGUGGCCAAACCCUCAAUUUCCCGCAUUCUCCUCAUUCUCAUAGUACUCACACCAGCUGCAGUUCUAAUGGCAAUAGGAGGAGACCAGCAGGGUAAGGACAGACAAGAACCGUCUCCACCAAUAUUGUUACCGGUGAUGCCAAAUGAAAUGUGUAGGUCUAAGAUGAGAAAAUGUAGUGAUGACUGUGGUACCAAAUGUUGUAAUGCAGUAUGUGCGGCAGCGCAUAGGGGAGGUUUUGGAUUUUGUUAUGGCCGCGGUCCUUCCGUUUAUGGUGAUUGCCUUUGCAUGUGGCUUCCACCUUGCAACACCCUUCGUUUUUAGAGUAAAAUUAUUGUAACACAAUAAAAAAAUAAUAAUUUGAUUACUUGACAAAUAAAAGAUUUA